CCAGCACUUGCAAGUACCUGCACCACUCCUGGCACAAAGAUGUUGAACCUACAACAGACCAGCAAUCCAUACACACCUGUCAACGUAGUCACUAGACAAUUCUCAUCUGUUUCAUCAGUACAGUAUCAGAGUGAAGGAGGAACCACUCCUUACUACCCUCCCACAGCUGCUGAGGAGAAGACAAGUCUUCCCAGAAGGAUUCUCAAGAAACUGGGUUUCACAGGGAAACUUCGUGUCAACAAAUACAGAUUGCGGAACUCUGGACUGCUCAUGUAUGCAUGUUGUACAGAUGGCAUCAACUUCAGCGACUUUUUUGAAGCCUGUGGUCUUCCAGAUACCCUAAAUUCCUGGUUUCUUAUCAUGGAGCUACAUGUGUGGAUGUGUUUAGUCCGUAUGAAACAGGAGGGAGAAGAAGGAAAGAUCGUGUGUCGCUGGCUGGUCUAUACGAUGUGGGAGGAUGUCAAGACAAGGGGCAAGGCCAUGGGAGUGGCGUCUUCACAAAUGAACGAGAGCAUCAGUGUGUGGACGGAGCAGUUUUAUGCCAUGAUCUUCUCGUAUGACGAGGGAAUCAUCUGCGACGACCGAACGCUCGCCGCGGCCGUUUGGCGGACCGUGUUCAAUAAGAGCUGUGACGACCCCCAAAAGGUGGAACGACUCGUGGCGUACAUCAGACAACAGAUGCAGCACAUUGACGACCUUGACACUGAACAGCUGCUGAAGUAUGGCAAGGUCACCUGGCUGCCCUUUGACCCCAAAAUGACCUUGGACUAACAAAAAAAUUUCCCUCAAACAUGAAACUACUUGUAAGAUUUUGUUUUGUUCAACAAUAUCAAUGAAAUAUUACCAGUAUUAUGCAUUUUGAAAGUAAGAAAACCUACUAUGAACGUAAAUGCAAAACACAAAAAAUUGUAAAGUUUUUAGGUGUGUUUCAAAUAUUACAAUGUAAGAUAUUAUCUUAAGCUAGAUGUUAAGUCAAUUCAUCAAUUAAUCAGUUAACUACCUCUAAAGAAGAAGUGGACUACAACUAUGUUGUUAGAUAAUGUAUCUGAAUUUUGAUUAAAAUGUACAUUAUUUGAAAAGGAU